UUUCAUGAAGAGAAGAAGAAAUGUUCCAAACGUAAACAUUGCAGCUGUUAUUAAAAGUAGUUUUGUCUCAUCUUCAUCCCGCUGCUGCACACAACAUGACGGACGUCCAACAUGCUCGGCCUUAUUUCUUCGGAGAUAUCAGCUGCUGGUCAGAGAGAACAUUGGUACACAAAGCAGCAUCCCUGGGCCAGGCUGCUCAGCUGCAGCAUCUCAUUCAGAGCGGAGCGUCCGUCAACAUCGUGGCCGUGGACUCCAUCACACCUCUGCACGAGGCCUGCACUCACGCACACGCCAGGUGUGUCCGGAUGCUGCUGGAUGCCGGCGCACAGGUGGAUGCCAGGAACGUGGAUGGCAGCACCCCGCUGUGUGAUGCUUCUUCUGCAGGCAGUCUGGACUGUGUGAGCCUCUUACUGGAGCGCGGGGCCCAGGCCAACCCUGCACGCACCGCCUCACCUCUGCACGAGGCCUGCAUGGGAGGGAACUCGGACUGUGUGAAGCUCCUGAUUGGUGUGGGUGCUCACCUGGAGGCCUACGACCUUUACUACGGCACACCACUGCACACCGCUUGUAGCACGCAGCACACCCAGUGUGUCAAGGAGCUCCUCAAUGCAGGUGCCAAAGUGAACGCUGCCCGGCUGCACGCCACGCCACUGCACCACGCCGCCAAAAGCAUGCGGGUGGAAAUGAUCGAGACUCUGGUGGAGUUUGGAGGCAACAUUUACGCCAGAGACAAAGACAACAAGAAACCGGUUGACUACACCACGCCGGGAUCUGCAGCUGCAGCCUGCCUGCGGUCUUAUGAGGACACUCCCAUGAUUGAUUUGUGUUCCCCGCAGACACUCCCAUGAGCCUGCAGCAACUCAGCAGGUUGUCAGUCCGCAGGAAGUUUGGCACGAGGGCUCUGAAGGUCAUAGGUCAGUUAACCAUCCCUAAAAGCAUAAUCAGCUACCUCUGUUAUCAGUGAUGACAUCAUGGAGCAUUCACUGGUGCAUUGUGGGAAGACACCAUAAUCACUUCAGUUGUAGUAAUAAUAAUCAUCAUCAUCAUAAUUAUAAUGACGAUGAUGAUGAUAAUAAUAAUCAUCAUCAUCAUAAAUGACUAAUGAUCAUAAUAAUGAUAAUUAUAAUAAUGAUAAUAUUAUUAAUAAUGAAAAUAAUAAUUAAUAAUGAUAGUAAUGAUAAUAAUGAUGAUGAUAAUGAUGAUAAUAAUAAGAAUGAUAAUGAUACUAAUAAUGAUGAUAAUAGUAAAAAUGAUAAUAAUAAUAAUUAAUAAUGAUGAUAAUGAUAGUAAUGAUAAUAUUGAUAAUAAUAAUAAUGCUGGCAAUA